CUUUCACACACACUCUCACUCAGGCAGGGUGCUGAGGACUUGGAGGGCCGAGCCUAGUCAGCAGGUCUCACACAAGCUUGCGUGUGUGUGUGUGUGUGUGUGUGUGUGUGUGUGUGUGUGUGUGUGAGUGUGUGUGCAUGGAGCUGAAACUUUCCUAGAGACACGCUCACACGCUCUCUCCCCUCCUUCUUUCCUCUGUCCUGCUCUCCUCUCUUUCUCCUCUCCCCUCCUCCUCCUGCACACCUUUGUGUUGUUUUCCUUGCCCCCUUCCUCUCCCCUCCCUCUUCAGCCUCACUAGUUUUCCCCUCUGCUUCUGUCCUGUGUGCUCAGAGUGUGGUUGGUGUGUGAGCUGAAGGUGGACAGGGCAAGAUGCUGCUGAUGCCACAGCUGUUUGGGCUCCAUGUCUCCUUCAGGGCCCACUGAAGAAGACGAGACUGCACGUGUGGCGGGGACCUUCAACACAACACCCUGAGGAACCUACAACUGUCACUUCUUUCACCCUGUUUUCCUUAUUUCCAGUUGCAUUUUUUAAAAGACAAAAACAAUGAGGACCAAGUUGUAUCAACCAGUUGCACAGUUCUUUCUCUUAGGAGUGUUGCUAUCUGUGGUGGACAGUAAAGGAACCUUCUAUGGAGGCCAUGCCAACCCUUUCUAUGGAAACAGAUACAACCUGUUCAAGGCUGGACUCAACCCUCACCAUUUACCAAACAAGCCCAUGACCCGUCACAAAAACCACUGUGCCUACGUGGUCCAGAAGAACAUCACAUGCACCAUGCAGGAUGGAGUGGCUACCUACGUGAAGGCUGAGUACACCACCAAGUGCAUCUGGGGUCAGAAGUGUCCAUGUUGUCAUGUAAGUUUUUUGAACAAAACAACAAAAUGCAAACAGUGUAAAAUGGAACAAACCUUUGACAAUUCGCACAUUAAAAAUACGUACAGGACUUUCUACAAACCAAAGUACAAAGUGGGUUUUAAGACGGUGACUGAGCUGGAGUGGAGAUGUUGUCCCGGCUACUCUGGAGAAAACUGCUAUGAUGGACCCACAUCACUGCCCGACGUGAUGAUGCCGCCUUUCAAGGGUUCUGGUAUGCCCCAUCGUCCAGGGAUGAAGGGCUUCCCCCAUGGCCCUAGACCACCAGUGGACCAGAGGCCUGGAGGAGGACAGCUGGAGCCAGGCAGACCUAUCCCCAGUGUGCCUGACCACAGACCAAUACCCACAGGACAAUUGCCUGCUGGAGGUGGAAGACCAAACUAUGGAAACAAAUUUGGGAUUUCUGGAGUGACUGGUGAACGUUUGGACCGUAUGGAGGAGGAUCUGCGUCGCCUCACCCAGGGUCUAGACACUCUCAACGGGGUGGUGGCGGGCCUCGAGGAGCGACUGCGCACGUCCCUGCGAGAGGAUACCAACAAGAUCCUUGUGUCUCUGCUGCCUAACGGCGCCCGCGUGCCUGACUCCACCGUGGGAUUUGGGGUGAUCCCGGAUGGGACUCCUGAUGGACUGGAUGGAGGAGAAAGCUUCACUGGAUUUGGAGACUUAGCAGGGAGAGUGACAGAAGUGAGGGAUGAGCUCCGAGCCAAGACUCACAUCUUAGAGGAGAUUCAGGGAAUGGUCCUGGGUCAUGAUGGCCAGCUGAAGAAGCUGCUGGAGGGAGCCAGAGGCAGGCCCAUCCCCGGCUCUACCAUUCAAAUCGACGAGAUCCUGGACGCCAAGCUGGCUGGCGUGCGGGCUGAGAUCCUGGACGGCUUUGAGCGCCGUCUGACUGGUCUGGAGGACCACUGCGACAAGAAGAUCGGGGAGGUGCAGAAGCAGUGCCACAGGGAGCACAUGGACGGCCAGGAACAGAUGCAGCAGUCUCUGGAUGGAAGGGAGACUGGGCUCAGGGAAGAGUUGGGCUCCUUGCAGGCUCAGAUCCAGGGCCUAACUCUGACUGAGAGCUGCUGUGGACAGGUAAACAGUCUGUCCCAGCGUGUGCUGCUGCUGGAGGAUUCAGUGAAAGGUUUGACAGAAUCUCAGAGACAACUCCAGAAUGCCCUCACUGACCAGAGCAUCCACGUGGAGACGCUGAUCGAGACGCGCCUGGUGGACAUAGAGGGCCGCCUGAACGCUACCGAGGGUGGGCCUGACGGACCAGGAGGGCUCCCCGGCAGUCUGGAUGGCUUCAAGACCAUGCUGGAAGACAAGCUGAAGACCCUGGAGGAGAGAGUGUUUGUGGCCGUGGAGGAGCUGAGCAAUGCCACGGCCCCUGCGCUCCUAGAGGGCCAGGUGGUCCCAGCACUGGAGACAGAGAUCGAGUCCGUGAGGAGGAGGGUGGAGGGAGACCUGGACGGCAUUCAGAAACAGUUGAUAGACCUGGAGCUCCUCUGCACCUCCUCCUGCUCGCCCUCCACCCCGCCAGCAGGGGGUGUCAGCAUCACUGAAGUGGAGGAGGAGUGUGAUGGGAUGGAGAAGAAGAUGACAGACCGCUUGGACACACACUCUAACCAGCUGGACCGCCUAAACAACACCCUGCAGAAUCUGCUCUUCAGGAUCGCCCAGGAGGACACAGAAGGCUCUGUCCAGGGAGAGAUCACCCUGCUGAAAGUCAACAUCAACUCUGUGAACCGCACUUUGAAGGGCCUAAAGGACUCUAUUAGCUUCAUUGCAAGCGAAGUGGGCCACGCUAACGCCUCCUGGGAGCAGAGAGAGCACCAGCUAGUCAACCAGGUGCAAGGAAUCACCAAACUAGUGGGUCACCAAGCCUCCCUCCUCGGGGCCGGUGAAAGGCGGCUGGCCCAGCUGAAGGCAGAGCUGGUGGCUUUGAAGAGACGGCUGGCCGGGGAGCUGCAGGGCUGCAGGAGCACAGCGAUAGAAGUGCAGAAAGAGGUGAAGGACGUUGACAGCAGAGUGAGCCAGGUAGAGGGCCAGUGUAGCAGCCUGGGAGAGCUGGCAGAGCACCUGGAAAGGAUCAGAGCGGAGCUUGAGAGACACUCGGACUCAUACCUGGCCCAGGUGAACGGCACCCUGGCCAUGCAUUCAGAACAGCUAGCUCAGCUGAAAGGAGAGGUCAAAGACUAUGCAGCCAAGGAGGCAGCCAACCAAAAAGGAGACCAGUAGCAUCUGAGCUACAGAAUUUUUUUUUUUUUUUUAAAGAGACUUUAAUGUGUGCUUCUCAUUAGGCUCAAGUGACGUCCUCUGCUUCUCUUCUCUCUUUUGCAAAUCCCAUCUGCACAGAUGCAAAUUAACCGAACCGGUGAAAGUCAUUUCCCAUAAGCUCCCCAGCCCAGUGCCUCCAGAUGUCCUGGGUAUUUAGUUUAGUGAGGUGAGGAGAAGCAGGCACAGAAUACAAAGACACACCUAUGGUUGUAUAACUGGGCAAUAUUUUCCCUUGAGAUUUGAUUCUAUAGGGCAUUUUGUUUUUUCCUCUGAUCAUGAUUGUUUUGUUUUCAUAUUUUACCUUUUUUUUAACUUAUAUGAAGUGACUGCAUUGCUAUGAUGUUAAACUGUUUGUAUUAGAGAAAUAAUAAUAAAACAAAGUGAAUGAUAUGGGACUAAUAUGCUGCUACGGGUUUCUACUGACCAGCACACUCAACAUCCUCUGUGUGGACACUUGUCUGGUCUUUUUUGAAAGAAUACUGUAUGUCAUCUUGGUGCUAUUUACAUUUUUGUAAACUCCUGUUUUACACAUGUUUAAAAUGAUAUAUGUAUUUGUGCUUUGACAGUUUUUUUUUUUCCUGCCGCAUUGCUCCAAGUUGCAGAGAAGUUCCAUAAUUCACCAUUGGGGGACAGUGACAACACAUUACAAGGCAAGGUAGAUGGAAGAGAAAUAAAAUCUAAAACACUCAA